AAUAGCCAUUUCAGAUUCUGCAAAGAAGCAUACUCGCCCGCCCUGAGAUAGUUCGUUUUCUCACCACCUUCUCCUCUUCUCCUUCGUCAGCGUUUUCUUCGCAACACUUUAGAGAGAGAAAGUGCGUGAGACAGAGAGAGAGAGAGAGAAACGUUCGAUGGAGGACGCCGUUCACCUCCGAGCUUCCACCACGCCGGCGCCGGCGUCGGAGAAUCCCAAUCCCAAUCGCAUCCGCGACCUCCCAACCAAAACCAGAGAGGAAGGCGAACUCUCUUCCGAAGACGACCAUGACGACGAAAACCUUGAUAGUUCUGCUGUGCAAUCCACCCCUGCUGUAGGCUCUGGUUCUGUUCCGCUGGUACAAAAGACUACUCAAGGCGUUCAGGGUGGCUCCAGUAAUUUACAGUUGCAAACAGCCAAACAACCAACUGCACAGAAGAACUUAAAAAAGAACCAAGUACCUCCUAAAUCUUCUCCAUGGACUGGUCAUGUGGGCACUGAUAAAAAUCUCGUGAUAAGCUUCUCUGAUGAUGACAGUGGUAGCGACAUUGAAACUAAAGGUAUUGCUUCUAGGUUGGAUAGCAAUAUCAAGAGGACCAGCUCAUCCUUGGAAAAAUCAAAUAAGUUGCAGCAAAUUGCUAAAAGUUUGCCCAAGGAAGUGCCAAAGAGGUCAUCCUUAAAUCGCACAUUUAUCCCACCAGUGACCAAAAUCUCUGGCUCUAAUUCUAAGGGGGAUGGAUCCAUCCCACUUGUUCAUGGACCAAGAGCUCGAAAUUUCAAUCCGCUGAACAAAAAUUUGGCAAACCGAGAGCGUGGACGUGAUCAAGGAGUGGUGUCAAAUGACAAUAAACUCCAGGAUUUGCGGCAUCAGAUUGCACUUCGGGAAAAUGAGCUGAAGCUGAAGGCAGCCCAGCAAAAUAAGGAGAGUGCUUCUGUUUUGGGUAGGGACCGUAGUGCCAUGAACUCAAAGAACACAGCUAGAAAAAAUAAUCCAGUUUCCUCAGGACCAGCACAAUUGGAGCCAAAAGAACCAGAUAGGAAACGCUUGAAACUAAGCACAUCUUAUGGCACCUCUCAAGCUGUUGAUGGUCAGCAGGAAGUUCCUGCUGUUAAAUCUAUAUUACCACCAAAAGCUUAUACUUUGGAAAACAAAGUUGAUCAUGGACAAAAAGAGAUUCCAUUAUGUAGAGCAGAGCCAACAACCAUUGUAUCACAAAGGCAACCUGACAAACAUCUUGACAACUCAUUAGAAAAUAUGCCUCAUAGAUCAAGAGAUGGUGAUGUCAAUUAUCGUCUCAAUCAAACUGAGAAGAGUAGUAGGCUGUUGGACCCUUGUGUUGCUUUCAACCAAAAUGCAGUGCCAGCAAAUAUAAGUUCCAAUAGUGUGCCGAAAAAUUUUGAAGCAUUAAGCAAUAAUACAGUUCUUUUCAAUCAUAAUGGCAAUGGAAAUGUCUCAGAGCAUACCAGUGUAGAUUUACAGUCAUUUUUUAGUAUGGAAGAAUUGAUAGACAAGGAACUGGAGGAAGCUCAAGAGCUCAGGCACCAGUGCGAAAUUGAAGAAAGAAAUGCACUUAAAGCUUAUCUUAAAGCUCAGAGGUCUUUGCUUGAGGCUAAUGCUCGAUGCUCCAAUCUUUAUCAUAAAAGGGAAUUGUAUUCAGCUAAGUUAAGGUCUUUAAUUUUAAAUAAUUCUGGCUUCGCUUGGUCUUCAGGGCAGCACCAACAUCCUGAUAUAGGGUUGGAUUACUUACCUAGACUUGGAUAUGAAAUGCCCACAGCAAGCUGUCAGAGGCAGGCUGAGUAUAAUGAUAUUAAUAAUCCAAGUUUUGAUUCCAAUAACCGAGAUAUCAAUAAUAGGCAUUCCAAUACAUCCAAUCACCACGUGACUCAAGCAAAUUUAGGGUCUGAACCUUGUGGUGAACCAGAUGCCAGUACAUCAGAGCCAUUGCCUCAAAGGGAUAAUGAUGCUGCAGAUGGAGUUUAUUCUCCUUCAGAUGAAUUAGAUACCUCAGCUAAUGAAAAUGAAGAGAUCUCUCCAUCUGGGCAUGUUUCUAAUCACCAUGAUGCUGAGUAUCAUAGAAAACAAUACUCUAAGUCCAAAUUAGUGGAUAUAGAUAUGACAUCAAAUGCAAAUUUUUCAACUGAUGAUCCUCAGGAUUCUUUGCUUCUUGAAGCAAAAUUAAGAUCUGAAUUAUUUGCACGAAUGGGGGCAAGAGCUAAGAAGAGCAGCAAUCCAUGUAAUGAUGCAGAACCUACCGCUGAACGAGAGGCUGAAAAUGAGGUUGGACAUGAAAAAACCCAGGUGCAUCAAAAUGUUACUGUUCCACUCUCUAUGGCAGAAGAUAAUGAGCUUAAAGGGGUUGAUAGUCAUGAAAGGAGUAUCUUUGUGGAUUUGAGUGAAAUUCAAAGCCGGCAGAACAUUGGUGGAAAUUCUUUGAAUGUUAAAUGCAGCAUUGGUGCAGGAGUUCGAGGAGAUAUGCCUUGUCAAGGUCACCACUCUACAAAUACAACGAACGCCUGGCCUUUGAUUUUUAGGAGUGCAUUCAGUGAGCUGAGAGGAAUGUUUCCAUUCAAUUCAAAUCAAUUACAGAAUAAAAAUAUGUUUAUUCAUGCUAAUGAUGAUCAAAAUGAAAAUGCUACAUCCCACAGUUCUGAUGAAACAAAUUGUAGCAAUAUGUUAGCAAUCUCAAUGCCUGUCACUAUCGGAAACUUACUCUCAGAUGACAGCUCUUACGGCUAUAGUUCUGCAGUUGAUCCGUUUUGGCCACUUUGCAUGUAUGAUCUGCGAGGAAAAUGCAACAAUGAUGAGUGUCCUUGGCAGCAUGCGAAUGACUAUGGUGAUGGAAACAUUCAGCGCAGUGAUUCUAAUAAUGCAGAUUGUCAAGGUAGAUUACCAUUGCAUCAACAGGACUGUAAUGGAGUGAGAAAAGUUCCCAAUUGUCACAAAGCUACGAUUCUGCCAACUUACCUUGUUGGUUUAGAUACUCUCAAAGCAAAUCAAUUUGCAUAUAAACCUGUUGUGGCACAUAGAAAUACUCAAUGCUGGCAGAAGCAUUUCACCAUUACUUUAGCUACUUCGAACCUGCAUGGAAAUGGUUUACUUGCCAAUGGACCAUUAUUGCAUGGUGGUGAUGAACGCAUAGAGGUCCAUGGGGCAUGGAACAAACAAUUAUCUUCUUUUCAUUUGAGAAGUGGAGCUGGGAAUCAAAUUAAGCAGGCUAUGGCUGAUAGUGAACAAGCUGUUGAAAUGGCUCUUCUUAUUCUCAACCAGGAAAUUAAUAAAUUGCAGGGUGUAAGAAAGGCGCUAUCUGUACUGUCAAAAGCUCUGGAGAAUGAUCCAACAUCUGUGGUUCUCUGGAUUGUUUAUCUACUCAUUUACUAUGGAAAUUUGAAGCCAAAUGAAAAGGAUGACAUGUUCUUGUGUGCGGUUAAAAUCUGUGAAGAAUCUUAUGUACUGUGGCUCAUGUAUAUUAAUAGUCGGGGAAAACUUCUUGAUCGAUUGGUUGCCUAUGAUACUGCCCUUUCUGUGCUCUGUCAGCAUGCAUCUGCCAGUCCCAAGGACAUAAUAUAUGAAAGUGCAUGCAUUUUAGACCUGUUUCUGCAGAUGAUGCAUUGCUUAUGCAUGUCAGGGAAUGUUGAGAAAGCCAUUGAAAGGGGUUAUGGAAUAUUCCGUGCUACAGAAAAAUCCAAUGCGCCUCAUCAUCAUCUGUCACUCUCAGAUAUACUCAAUUGCUUAACAAUUUCUGACAAAUGUGUAUUCUGGGUUUGUUGUGUCUACUUAGUUAUUUACCGGAGACUUCCCAAUGCUGUGCUUCAGAAGUUUGAAUCCGAUAAAGAUCUCCUUGAGAUUGAAUGGCCCUCUAUCAGCUUAUCUGAAGAUGACAAGCAGAUGGUUGUUAAACUUGUGGAAACAGCUGUUGAAUCUAUUGAUUCUUAUGUCUAUAAUGAAUCAGUAAAAAGUGAAGUUAAUCUCAGGUCUGCUCAACUUUUUGCUCUCAAUCAUCUAAGAUGCAUGGUUGCUCUUGAUAGCAGAGAAUGCUUAAGGAUUUUGCUGGAUAAAUACAUUAAACUGUAUCCUUCCUGUGUAGAAUUGGUCCUGGCAUCAGCUCAAAUACAAAAACAGUAUAUUGAUGUUGAUAGUUUCAUGGAAUUUGAGGAAGCCAUUAGGAGAUGGCCAAGGGAAGUUCCUGGAAUCCAGUGCAUCUGGAAUCAGUACAUUGAAAAUGCCAUCCACAAUCAAAGAAUUGAUCUUGCAAAAUCAAUUACAGUCCGAUGGUUUCACUCUGUAUGGCAAGUACAAGACCUCCCAAAUGGAGGGAUGGAGACCACUGAUGGUGGUAAUACUUGUUGCUCAUUGGGAUUGGAUUCAAAAUCUGUUUCAGACAGAUCCAGUUCUGAUCGUAAACAGAUAGAUACGAUGUUUGGAUUUCUUAAUCUGUCUCUCUAUAAUUUUUUACAGAAUGAUAAAACAGCAGCAUGCAUAGCUGUUGACAAGGCUAGGAGUAUUGCUAGUUUUGCAAGUUUAGAGCAAUGUAUGAAAAAAUAUGUGAUGUUUCUGGUUUAUGAUGCGUCAGGCUGGAAGGAGAAUGGUCCUGAUAGUGCCAUCAAGAAGAUUUUGGAGUUAUAUACAGAUGGUUCAUCUCAGGCACUGCUAGUCCCUAAUGUGUUGACAAGAAAAUUUGUUGACAACAUCAAGAAGCCAAGAGUACAGCAUCUUAUUGGUAACAUAUUAACUCCAGUUUCAUUUGACUGUUCUCUGCUAAAUUUGAUACUUCAAUCAUGGUUUGGUUCAUCUCUUUUGCCCCAAACUAUUAGUGACCCCAAACAUCUGGUGGAUUUUGUUGAGGCCAUUCUGGAGGCAGUUCCUCACAACUUCCAAUUAGCUUUUACUGUUUGCAAGCUAUUAGUCAAAGAAUACAAUUGUUCUGAAUUAAACUCAGCCAGUCUAUGGUUUUGGGCUUGUUCAACCCUGGUAAAUGCAAUUUUGGAUGCCAUGCCAAUACCACCAGAAUACGUCUGGGUGGAAGCUGCAGAGCUUUUGCACAAUGCUGUGGGCUUUGAGACAAUAUUUGACAGGUUUUAUAGAAGGGCUCUAUCAGUGUAUCCAUUUUCUAUCAUGUUGUGGAAAUGCUUCUAUAAGCUAUGUAAGACCACUGGAGAUGCAAAAGAUGUUGUUGAAGCAGCUAAACAAAAUGGUAUUGAACUUGGUUAACUAUAGAUUUAGGGAAAUAGAUUAUAGAUAGUGCUGGUGAAACUUCAUAGGAGUAGUGAAUCUUCUGCUUUUGCGGGCUCCCUUUUUUGUUUUCCUUCCCCCUCCCCCCCUUUUUUUCCUGCAAUUAAUAUCAUCCCCCAAAUGCCGAAUCCUACACACAAAAUAGUAUUAACAUGUGAAGGCCAUUCCACCAUAGGGGUAAUGUUAGUAACAUAUUGUAGUCUUAGGCACUUUUCUUUAAUAUUAUUAUUGGGUGAAAUCUCAUGUUGGCAUCACUAAAUAACUUGAACCUAAUCUCUGUAUAAGUAUGACCAACAUGAGGUUUUAUCCGAUAGUAUUGGAAAGAGUGUCGAAAUUGAGUUGCUAGCAUUUUCCUCCACAUUUUUAUGCUGGACAUGGUGGUAUCGUAUUUUUUUUGGGCUUUGCAAUUUUGUAGACUGUUACCUGACUGGUGGAAUGAAAGAAAAUAUUCUCUUUUUGUACCAAA